AAAUGGUCGCAAAAAUUUAUAAAAAUAGAUCCUCUAGUUUAUUGUGCAAUUUACGCAUAAAAACCGGUCAUGAGGCCGGUAAUUUCCUUUAACUCUCUAUCAGUAAAUACAUCCUUGAAGGAAAAUGCAGAAAAAAACCAUUAUUUCAUAGUGACUGCUGAUGAUUUGGGGUAUUCACCUGAGAGAGAUAGAGGAAUAAUCGACGCUUAUAAUGAAGGAAUCGUUACUCGUGCAUCUCUUCUUAUUAACGGUUACUCAAGAGCUACGGCUGUAAAACUUGCCAAAGAGCAUGGACUUGCUCUAGGUAUUCAUAUUAACUUAACUGAGGGUCGAGCAGUCAAUGUUACAGAAGAGCAUAAUACGCUGUUAGCUGAAGACAAGCCAUUCUUCCGGGGAAAGUUUGGAUUUAGAGAAGCAUUUUCUCGCGGUGAAAUCCACAUAAGUCAUAUCAAGAAUGAAAUAGAGGCUCAAAUAACCGAAUUUAUCAAACAAGUUGGUUACAUUCCAAAUCAUGUUGAUGGCCAUCAGCAUAUUCAUGUUCUUCCAGAAAUAAGCCGUAUCAUUGCUCAAAUGAUGAACGGGUAUUCCUUGCGACAGGUUCGGAUUCCUUUUGAAGCUCAACUAUCUUCCUGGUUUGAAGGUAAUGCUACCUUUUACCAACAGGUCUUUCAAAAUGCCAAGGCAGCGAAGGAAAUCUAUGGAAACUAUGGAAUAAGGUCUCCAUCCUUCAUCGGUGUAUCAUUGAUGGGGAUCAACAUGAACGUAGAGAGAAUUAUCCAUACUUAUCAAAAAGCAGUGAUGAACAACCGACAAGCGCCGACGAUCUGUGAGCUUAUGGUGCAUCCGGGAUAUCCAUGCGUCACUGGUUAUGGAGGCUGCGGCGAGGGACCAGAUGACUUUGCUUGCUCCCACGAAAGACAGCAUGAAUUGAAUAUUUUGUGUGAUCGGACUCUAAAGGGACGCUUGAACGACUUUAAUGUGACUUUUACUUCGUGAAAACUCUUACUUCAUAUGCAAAAAUUAUCCUUAUAGAUCACAUAAUGUAGCCUCGCGUCCUAAAUGAGGUUGUAGCAUUUGUAGAUCAUCUCCUUUGUAUUUGAUUGAACGAGUUCGGCCCGUAACGACGCAAUACUAGCGUGAACAAUUUAAAUAAGAAUUUUGAAUAACUUGUAACAUUAAAAAAAUCUUUAGAUUGCUUAAUUGAAGCAACAAACAGAGAAAUCUUAUGUGAAAAGCAAAAUUAUACAGAAUUUACUUAAUCAUUACAACAAUACAUAUACUAAAUACAUUAUAACACCUCAUCAAAAUUAUUUCAAAACCAAAA